UUCAGAUUCAGUCUCAGAUUCAGCUGCAUUUUCGUUCAUUCCAUUCCAUUUGAUUGCAUUUGGCGCCAAACCAAGUAUAAAAGCUGGAGAACCUGGGCUGCGAUCGGCACACAAGUACCGUGACAUUCGAGGAGCCACAACACGCGGUGGCAGCAGUGGCAACAGUGGACUCAGUGGACUCAGUGCAGCAAAGGACUCGCGUGGAUUAACCUAGUUUUGUGGAUAAUUUUCUUUGGAGAGGGCUUUGUGGCCAAGGAUUUGUGGGUGCAUCAAGGACUGGGAUUAUACAAUUAAAAGUUUCAAGCAAUGGCUCUUAAAUGGGCUCUGGUGAUCACGACGUUGGCGGUGGCCCAAACAGCCAAGCUGGAUAACAAAUACCUGCCUCCACCGGCAAGUGCGGCCAGUGCAGGCGGCAGUCCGGGAGCAGGGCUUCAGGGACCAGGAGGUGGCUUCGGCGGAGGUGGCGGUGGACCGGGUGGUGGCUAUGGCGGAGGCGGAGGCGGAGGACCAGGUGGUGGCGGCUUUGGAGGAGGUGGAGGAGCAGGUGGUGGCUUCGGGGGUGGCAACAACGGCCUGGGCGGUUUCGCGAACGGAAGACCCAUCGCUCCUGGCGGAGGUGGCCCACCCGCUCCACGUCCCAGUUCACCAGGUGGUGGAGGUGGUGGUGGUGCUCCUCCGGCCUCUGGGCCUCCAAUCCCCAUCCUCUCAUUUGUCAAUGAGAACGAUGGCGAUGGCAACUACCGCUUCAGCUACGAGACUGGAAAUGGUAUCAAGGCCCAGGAGGAGGGUACCGUGAAGAACAAGGGAUCCCAGAAUGAGAUCCCCUCCGUGAUGGGAUCCUACUCCUACACGAAUCCCGAGGGCGAACUUGUUGAGAUCAUGUACACGGCGGACGAGAAUGGCUUUGUACCCACGGGCAACGCGCUGCCCACUCCACCACCCAUCCCGGAAGCGAUUGCGAAGUCUCUGGCUGCCCAGGGCAUCUCCGUUCUGCCGGGUGGCGGAUUUAGUGGAGGAUCUGGUGGACAGGGUGCUGGUGGCGGCGGAGGCGGUGGUUCAGGAUACGGUGGCGGAUCAGGAUUUGGAGGCGGCGGUGCUGGUGGCGGAGGAGCAGGCGGUGGAGCAGGUGCCGGCGGCGGAUAUGGAUCAGGAGGCGGCGGCGGUCGUGGUGGAGCACCAGGUGGUCCAGGUGCGCCAGGUGGAGGCGGUUUUGGCGGCCAAGGAGGUGGUGGCGGCUAUGGAGGAGCAGGUGGUGGAGCAGGUCGAGGCGGAUCUCCAGGCGGUCCCGGAGCUCCAGGUGGAGGCGGAUUUGGUGGAGCCGGAGGAACUGGCGGCGGCUAUGGAGGUGGAGGCGGAGCCGGAGCCGGAGGCGGCCGAGGUGGCGGUGGAGCACCAGGAGCUCCCGGCGGAGGAGGAUUUGGUGGAGCCGGAGGAGCUGGCGGCGGUUACGGAGGCGGUGGUGCUCCAGGUGCUCCCGGAUCCCCAGGAGGCGGAGGUUUCGGAGGUCAAGGCGGUGGUGGCGGAUUCGGAGGAGGUGCCGGUCGCGGUGGUGCUCCAGGUGCUCCAGGUGCUCCAGGUGGAGGAGGAUUUGGUGGAGCCGGAGGAGCUGGCGGUGGAUACGGAGGCGGCGGCGGUCGCGGAGGUGGUGGUGCUCCAGGAGCUCCCGGAUCACCUGGCGGAGGAGGUUUUGGUGGUCAAGGAGGAGCUGGCGGCGGAUAUGGAAGCGGUGGCGGCGGAGGCCGCGGCGGUGGUGGAGCACCAGGUGCCCCAGGAGCUCCAGGAUCUCCAGGAGGAGGAGGUUUCGGAGGACAAGGAGGUGGUGGCGGAUACGGUGGAGGCGCCGGACGUGGUGGUGCUCCAGGAGCCCCCGGCUCCCCAGGUGGCGGAGGAUUCGGAGGUCAAGGAGGUGGUGGAGGAUUCGGUGGAGGCGCUGGACGCGGUGGUGCUGGUGGAGCCCCAGGAGGCCCUGGCUCUCCAGGUGGAGGCGGAUUUGGAGGCGCCGGCGGUCGCGGUGGAGCUGGAGGAGCACCAGGAGGUCCUGGUUCUCCAGGCGGACCUGGUUAUGGCGGUGGUGCUGGUGGACCAGGAGGCGGCGGUGGACGACCAGGAGCUCCAGGAUUGCCCGGUGGCAACCAGUACGUUCCGCCCCCAGCCGGUGGCGGAGCACCUGGAUCGCCCGGAAGACCAGGAUCAGGACCUCCAGGCGCAGGAUCGCAAUACAUUCCACCUCCCCCGGGAGCGCCUGGUGGCGGUCGUGGAAAUGGAGAGUUCAAUCCUCAGACAGGCUAUAGCUAUUAAAACAAGAAGAAGUCCCAAAACGCCUAUCAAAUCUCUCAACUCGAAGAAAUGUCAUUACAAUGCUGGCUGCCCUAAAUGUUCUUUCACUCAAAUGGUUAAUUUAUUUAUGUAAGCUUCCCUU